AUGUAUACGCAAUAUUAUGGAAGUGGAGUGCCUCAAAAUGAUCAAGUCCAGGACAAUAAUAUCGAGAGAGGUGAACAAGUCUACAGACCUGAUGCAAACCGUGUGCAGACACUCCAAAACCCAUUUCCAGUCAUGAACAUGAAUAUGGGAAUCCAAGGACAGCAAUAUGACCCUCGGUUCUUAAAUCUGUUUAAUCCUGCCAUAAAUCCAAAUGCAAGAAUGCCGUAUACUAUGGUUCCAAAUACGUGCGGUGAUGGAAUGAGAACGAUCGCCAAUCCGUAUGAUAGAAAUUUGUACGCCUAUGGAGUUCCGAUUCAAUUUAUGAGUAUGAAUUCUGCUGGGUACCCAAAUAUGGGCGUGUACCCGCCGUAUAUGGGGAUAAAACAAGGAGUUCCCAUCGCUCCCACAGAUCGGUCUCAAAUGUUGCCCCCUAAUGGGGAUUAUGCUCACCAGCAAAUUGAGAAGCAAAUGCAGUCGUUUGUUGGUGCUCCUUCCUCCGUUGCGUCCUCCAAUUUGCUUCCAUCUCGCGAAGUGCCUCCCAUACUGGAGAAGAAAGAGGCAGCGCCUGCCGUUGCAUCGGCUCCCACUCCCUCUACCCCGGGCCUGCCCGUGAUGCCCUACCCUGCAUCAGCCGGUCCUGCCCCAAUUCCCGCUUCCAUCGCUCCCUCAGCGGCCCAGCCCGCCGUUCCUCAGCCCGCCGUUCCUCAACCCAUCUCCCAGCCCGCCGUUCCUGCCACGACGGCCACUCCCAUGUCUACCACGACUUCCACGUCCACUUCGGAAUCGCCCACGCAAGUGGCGGCUUCGUCUUCGCUGUCGAUGACCUCAUCCAGCCAGUCACUCGCGACCGCCCACUUGGCGCAGACGGCCACCCCGAUCAAUCCCGCGGUUCCCCAGCCCAUGGCGCAGCCGGUGCAGUCCGCAGCCCCAGCCGUGCAGCUCGGAGUCCCGCAGCCCCAGCCUACCGAGCUGGCCGCCCCGCAGCCGAUGACUCAGACGGUUCCGCAGCCGAUGACUCAGACGGUUCCCCAAUCGGUUCCCCAAUCGGUUCCACAAUCGGUUCCCCAAUCGGUUCCACAAUCGGUUCCCCAAUCGGUUCCACAAUCGGUUCCACAAUCGGUUCCACAAUCGGUUCCACAAUCGGUUCCCCAGUCCUCCUCCACAUCGAUCCCCGCUCCCUCGCAGCCCUCUUCACAGACGCCUCUCCCUCCCCCCGCCUCCACCGCCGUUCCCACUGCUCCCGUUCCUGCUGCUCCUGCUGCCACCCUGGCGCCCGCAGGAUCGGAAGACACGGUUGUGAAGUCGGAGAGCGCUCCCGCGGUGAAGAGCGAGUACAGCGACGAGUCGAUGGAGCAGAUCGCGAUCAUGCUUCUCCAGAUCGCCAAGCGGAAGGAGCCCUCGCCGUCCCCGGCCCCCACCUCCGCGCCCGCUCCCGCGCCCGCGCCCGCGCCAAGCGGCGGUCCCGCUGGGUCCUACAUGCUUCCUCCGGACUACUCGAUGCAGCUGCCCUGUCUGGACAUGAAGGACAAGCGGCCGCAUCUCAACGAGGUGGGCUACUCGCCCUACCCCAUGGUCUGUCCCUCCUACUCCUACUCGGCGCCCAAGACCGCCUGCUCCUACCCCGCGCAUCCGCGCAGCGGCUACGUCCCCUGCCAGGUCCCCGUGCAUCCGCCCAUCCCCACGCCCGUCCCCGUGCACAAGCCCACCAAGCCCAGCCCCACCAGCGGCGACUACUUCGUCUUCUGCACGGUCUGCCGCAAGGGCACGCCCAUCGACGUCUCCAAGCCCAUCCCCGAAGUCUUCAAGUGCUCCGGCUGCGGGUUCUCCUGCGCGCUCGACACCCAUCUCCUCGCCUACUACAACCUCCCCGGCGCCAUCGCUCCCUCCGUGCCCGUCGCCGCGCCCCCCGAAGCUCCCGCGCCCGAAGCUCCCGCGCCGCUUCUAUCGAACUCGCCGGUCGUCGAUCCGCGCCACACGCUCCAGACCGUCCCGGCCGCCCAGGCCGUGCCCACCGUCCAGGCAAUGCCCACGCUCGACUCGGCAGUGCCCACCGCGGACUCGGCAGUGCCCACCGUGGAGCAAGAAGUGCCCGUGCUGGCCCCGAAGAACUUCGCGGCGGCCUCGGCUCUGCCCGCCUCCGACCUCUCUCUGGUAUUUCUUCUUCUUUUUUCCUUCUAUCCAGGCGACGUCCCUCGCGCUGCAGCCGGCUCCGGACCAUCCGCUCUCCUCCUCCGAGCUCCAAGCCCUCGCCGCGCGCCCCUCCCUCCCUCCCAGCGAGCCCGGCAAUUCUGCAACCUCUGA